CCUGGGGAGGCUGCUUAGAGUAAACUGUUAAAAGUGCCUGUGUGUUGUACGGGUCUUUGUUAUUGUGCUACAGAGUUUAUUGUGUGAAAUACUUUUGUUGUGUAACGUGUGUAUUCUUGUGGCGUUUUGUGUGGAAAAAUACUUUUAAACAGAGCAGUACGAUGGCUGGUUGUCUCCUUGUGCAGCUGUGUGAUAUGAAGUAGGUGUAUGUGUUGCAGACAGGGUGUCAGGCCAUUAUGGAUAGCAGAAGGAACCAGACUACCCCCCAUGAGGAGGAUGAGGAGGGAGAUGGAUGGGACAGACACUCAGUAGACACUUGCUCAUCAGCCUACACUGACUGCAGCAGCUGUUGCUCCAGUGAUUUGGAACCUGAAUGGUUAGAAAGUGUACAGCAGAACGGGGAACUUUUUUAUCUUGAACUGAGUGAAAGUGAAGAAGAAACCCUUCUACCUUUAAGUCCUCUUGAGUCACCUGGAGUAAAUCAUGUUCAUUUUUCUGAAAAUGAAGCUCAGAUCCUUUCAGCUGAUCUGAAGAAAGAUGGUAAGAAAGUUCAGCAACCUCUCAAAAGACUUGCAAAAAUAUGGAAGAACAAGCACACUAGUAAGAAAGGUCCAGUGAGGCACAAUGGUCAGACUUGUCCAACAUCUAUUCUCAAGCAUCAUUCCAGCCACAAGACAGGGUUAAUAAUGCAUCAGCAUUAUAAAGACAUCCGCCUCUAUGUCAAUCCCAACCAUUUACUUGAAAGUGGUCCAGAAGAUAAACUUGGCUUGCUUAAGGGGCUGAUUGGGAUUAUUAAUCAGUCUUCAAGGAGCAGUAAGAGAGUUGAAAUUCAAGGAGUUCAAGAUGGAUCCCACAGGUCCACAACCUAUGGAAAGCUUGUUGUACAUGGGUUUGCUGAAGGUAGUCCAGCUAUUCGAUGUGGACGGAUAUUUAUUGGAGAUACUUUAGUUGCUGUUAAUGAUGUGGACGUUAACACUGAAAAUAUCGAAAGAGUUUUAUCCUGCAUCCCAGGUCCUAUGCAGGUGAAAUUAACUUUUGAAACACAGACUUUUGAGGCUGAAAUACCCCAUGAGGCUCCUAGUACAAUACCUGCAAUGAAUAAUCUGACAAAGCUCAUAUGGGGAGAACAGCAUGUAACCCAUCAACAAAUAUUACAAAGCAUCCCUCAUAUUGUUAUGUACCUCACUCUGAGUAUGGACUCUGACACAUCAAAAGAAGAGCAAGAAAUUAUUUAUCAAUAUCCUUUAUCAGACGCAUCCCAAAAGCUGAAAAGUGUACGGGGAUUGUUUCUAACACUUAGUGACAUGCUGCAUAACGUGACUGGAACACACAUCAUUAGCUCAUCUCUUUUUUUUAAUGAUAAGUUAGUUCACGUCUCAUACUGGAAAGAGUCAAAUAAAUUAUUUCUAAUCGGUGUUCCUUCAGAAAGAAUUCCUCUUAUUCAGUUGAAGAACAUGACAGCUGAUCUUGUUAGAACAUUAAAAGUGAUGUAUGGCACCUUAGACAGAGCUUUUUGUCACAAGGAAAAUGUGCCUCGCCUUGAUCAUUUCUUCAGCUUGUUCUUUCAACGCACUAUCCGCCAAUCCUUGCUAAAUGCAGAGUCAGGCCAGGGACCUGGUUUCUACGAUGACUGUUGCUCACUAGUGGUGGAUAAUCUUCCUGGAGUGCGGUGGCUCUCCUUACCUGAAGAUGUGAAGAUGGAGAUAGAUACAGUCCUAAGUGAUUUGGAGGCUCUUGAUUUUGCAGAGUUUUCUGAAGACUACUAUGGUAUGAGACGCCUAUAUAUGAUCCUGGGAACAUGUCUUUUCUACAAGGGCUAUUUACUGACCAAUCACUUACCAAAAGAGGAUCUUAUUGAUAUUGCCCUUUAUUGUCGGCAAUAUUGUCUGUUGUCUUUAGCAUCAGAAAGGAUUGGUCAGCUGGUCAUCUGGCGAGAGGUUUAUCCACGUCACCAUCUUCAGAAUUGUGAAUCUUUUACAUCUGAUGAGUACAGUGAGCCUGAAGCUAGGUACUUCUUGCUCAUUGUAGGCUUGAGACACAUGAUACUGUGUACUUUGCUGGAAGCUGGUGGUUGUACAUCAAAAGCCAUAGGAAAUCCUGGUCCUGACACUAUAUAUGUGGAUCAAAUAAAAGCAACACUUCUUCAACUGGAAGGAUUAGAAGUAAACCUGGAAGAGAGGCUAAGUGCUGCACCCACUCCUUGUCUGUCCUGUGCAGACUGGUUUCUUCCAAAUGCAAGAGACAAGCUCCACAGUUUCACAAAUUCUGUUGCACUGAGUAAACUACAAAACCCUAAAAAAACAACAUCUCCAUUGGGCAAGAAAGGACUAUUUGCAGAGACUGUCUCUUCUCUAAGGACUCGCAGGCCAAGUCCCACGAGGAGCAGUGGUGGAUCAGAUAAUGGCAGUGAAGGAGCAGGUGAAAAUGCAGGACCCAUCACACCCUCUACACCAGACUUGGCCAGAAAAUUUGGCCGACGAGAAUCACAAGGGUCAGGAGGCUCGGAUGGAAGUUUAGGAAGUGGGAGCUUGUUUAAGACCUCCAAGAAAAAGUAUUUGCUCCAAAACCCUUUUAAUCUGGGAACUGCAAAAAGAAACCUUUCAGAAAAAGAAACAGAGGAUCUUUAUAACACUGUCAAAUUGACGUCAGGCCCUGAAAAUACACUUUUCCAUUACAUAUACUUGGAAACCAUGCAAGGAGUCUUCAUUUCACCAACACACAGAGAGGUUGAGCAACUUAGUGGCACCAUUCAUCCUCAGCUCAUCAAGAACUUCCAUCGCUGUUGCCUAUCAAUACGCUCAGUCUUUCAGCAAACCUUAAAGGAAGAGAAAUCUAAAAAAUCUGAAGUAGUCAACGAUACUGCCUUUACAGGACUUGGUCCAGUUAAGGAGCAUGGUAUAUUAUUUGAAUGUUCUCCUGAAAAUUGGACAGACCAAAAGAAAUUGCCCCCAACAAUGUCCUACUGGGUAAUUGGAAGACUCUUCACACAUCCACAGCCUCAGGAAUUUUAUGUCUGCUUCCAUGACUCUGUUACAGAGCUUGCUGUUGAGCUGGCCUUUAAGCUCUCCUUUGGGAUGCCUCUCUAGACUGUAUAGCUUGAGCACUUGAGAGGCUGCUGAAACUGCUGCACUUGAAGAUCCAUAUGCUGUUCUAGAAUUGCACUUUGAUCUAUAAAGGACCCUUUUCGACGUAUCUCAAAUAUAUUUGAACCAUUUAUUUUUCUUUGAUAAGAAACUAAUUAUUUUAUUUAAUAUUUUGCAUUGUAACAUUUUGUAUGUUUUUAUAGUUAUUAGUAAUAUUUAGAUUGCUAAAUAUAAACAAGGAUAAAAAUAUUCUUCUACGUGACCAUUAUUUAGCAUUAAAUAUUUUGCACUUAUAUGUAUAUAGACCUUGUAUUCUAUGAUUUCAUCAUAAAGAAAUGAUGUAAAGACUAUACCAUUUUGUACCAAUUACUUCUGUUUUUUAUUUUAUUAUUGAAUAUCCAGAUUGUAAUCAUGUGACUUAUAAAUGUAUAAUUUAAACAUU